AUGAAGUUCACGACAAUUGUAUCUUCGCUGGUCCUCGCUGCGUCGGCCACCGCGCAGACCACGCCCUCGGGUUUCACUCCUGCCACCAAUGCAACACUGGAUGUCUACUACGGGACACAGUACAUCAGUCCCGGUCUCAUCGUUAAGAAGUCAACCACGGCAAAGGCUCCUGUCAUUGGUCUCACCAACACAACACUUAGCGGAAAGUACCUGCUUGCAAUGAUCGACAUCGAUGUCACCCAAAACGGCCGUGCAUCAACCGUCCUGCAUGCCCUCCUGCAAGAUUACACGCCCUCCGGCACCAAGCAGAACGGCACAUCGGUCCUCACUACGACAGCCACAACACCUUCGUCGUACUUUGGUCCUGCGCCACCCGCUGGCGCGCCUCCAACUCAUCGUUACGUAUUCUUGCUGCAUGAGCAGCCGGCAAACUUCGCGGUUCCGGCUGCGCAUCAACAGGCUGUCAGCAGCAGGUUCGGCAUUGACUGGCCAAAGUUCAUUGUGGAUGCUGGGCUCAAAGCCCCGAUUGCUGGAAACUACUUGCAGGUGAAGAGUGGAGAUAACACGAAGAGGUGGGAAGCGUAG